ACCAUUUGGUGUGGCGGAAAUGACGUAUGUUAUGCGGUUCUUGGAUUUAAACUGAAACGGGCGCUUAUGUAAAAACAUCUCAAAAAUAUAACUGAAUUUCGGUGGAAUGACAGAUUAUUUCGUUGUCAGAUUGUUGUGUCUGAUCUACUCGCGUCACGCAUGCGCUUCAGAGGUUAUGUUGAUUUUGAAAGCGUUAUUUAAUCGUUAGAUCGUAAAAGACACUUGAGCAGUUAGAAUCAGGAGAUGUAACGUGAUCACUGUGAGCUCACACCUGAGAGUAUCUCUGUGUGUGUUGUUAUCUGCGUGUUUGUUUGUGUGUUGUUAUCUGUGUGUGUGUCAGAAUGAUGAACUGGCAUCACGAGCUGAGCUCCAUCCUGUCUGACACUGAUGGAAGUGUCGCAAAGAUGCGGGUGAGACUCGUUUUCAGCUUUAAUUAUGAUCGUGUGUGUGCGUGCGUGCGUGCGUGCGUGUGUGUGCACUGUAUGUGUUGUGGUAAAUAAAUGCAGCAUUCACUUAAUCAGCUUUAUAUUUGUGUGUUAUGAGGAACGUCUUUCUGCACGCGCAAGAUCUCCCAGAGCAACUGAAGCGAGAGAAGGCCCAGCAGAUCGUGAUUUGAAAGUGUCGUCUUCUGUCAGUCCUGCUGUUCAUUGGUCAGAUCUGACAGCAGUCCAGAAUCAAUUACAUCAGCAGAGUCAGGUCACAACCCGUCCUCACACGUGUCGAUCAUGUGCUGUGAACACAUCUGCUAUUGAGACUUUGACACAAAGUGUUCGAUCACUGGAGAGAGAAGGAAACGCACAGCAAACACUCAUACAAACCUUACAAGAUGAGCUGAGGAGACUUCAGGUUCGUUUAGAAGAGAGAGAGAGAGAGGUGGAGCGUACAGGAGCAGACAGACGUCUGGAGCAGUGGAAGAGAGACGUCAAUCAGGAGUUGAGCAGUUUGAGAGAGCACAUCAACCGAGUCACCAUCACAGAAACCCAGGAGGGAAGUUUCAGCUCUAAACUCCGCAGAGAAGAACUGGAGCACAUCAGAAGAGAGACGGACAGCCUGAAAAACAAACUGAUGCGUCUGGAGGAAGAUGGGUUUCAGCUCCAGUCAGAGAACAGAGAAACACGCAGACAGCAUGAGCACAGCUCUAAGAUGCUGGAGAGACUCAGUGAUUGUCAGCGGACACACCGUUUUGAAGUCACUCGGACACUUUCACAACACAAACACACACAGCAGCAAGUGUGUGAGCUCAGAGUCAGUGUGUCUGAGCUGAAGGAUGAGGUCAGAGGUUUGAUCCUGAGAGACGUUCACAACACACCUGCACAACUGCCACACAAACAAGCGGUGGAGUCGAGUCCCUCGAGACGCAUGUCAUCAGGAUCAGAGGACGAGUUCAGUCUCACUGCGAGUCUUGCAGAGAUCAGUUCCGAUGAGUCCUGGCUGGAAGAAGCAGACACGCAGACUAAGAGUCGUGGAGUUCACAUAAGCUCAGGUCUGUCAGGAAGUGACCUCAGUGGUGCUGGAAGUGAUCUGGAUGAUGGAGCUGAAGGUGUUGAUGGAGGUUCAAACAGUCCACCGGAUCUCAGUCUCAGUGACCUCUGAGUGACCUCAGUGAAAUUAAUAAACUGUCCGAGGAACCGAGAACACUCAA